UCUUCGGAGCGGCUUCCUUCGGGGAGCACCGGGCAGGGGGCGUGUGUGCCCAGACGCGGGGGCGCGGGAGGCCGGCCCGCUCCGGUGCCAGCCCGGGGACAUACCUGGACGCCUACACCAGGGCGGCGAUGGUGCGAUCCGGCGCUCCCGUGUGGACAGACUCACCGGCCGGGCUCUGUGCCGUGGAGGUGGCACCUGACUUGUGAGCGGCUCCGGGCGUGGCUGCUCUUCAGACCUCCAGGUUCUGAAGAUUUACAUCCCCAGUUUCUGAAGAUUUACCUCCCCGGGGGCCUGCCUUCCCCCAGCUCCGGAGGGGAAGGGGGAGAAGUUGAACGGAGCCGCCGGGACUGAGAACAUUGAGUGGAACAGCGGCCGCCGGGCCAGAGAGGGUGGGAACUGCGGGCGCCGGGAGGGAGGGGGCAGGAAACCACCUCUUUGCCCCCGUCGUCCCGGCCCUAAGGGCCUUUUGGCAGGACUGGCAGGACCAGAGUGUGGUCCUGGGAUGUCUAGAGAGCCCGGGCAAUGAUGAUCGCUGAGUGAGUGUCACUGGACGGAGCCUGGGUGGUUUGUUGACUGACAAGACAGGGAGGGAUGCUAGGGAGGAAACUCAGGAUGGGGACCAUCUGUUCCCCCAUCCCCAGCGGGACCAAGACAUCAUCAUCGGACGUCUGCAAUGCCGACUGGAUGGCCUCGCUGCCCCCUCACCUCCACAACGUCCCCCUGUCCAAUCUGGCAAUCCCAGGCUCCCAUGAUUCAUUCAGCUACUGGGUCGACGAGAAAUCCCCAGUGGGGCCUGACCAAACCCCAGCUAUCAUGCGCCUUGCCAGGAUAUCCUUGGUGAAGAAGCUAAUGAAGAAAUGGUCUGUGACUCAGAACCUGACCUUCCGAGAGCAGCUCGAAGCUGGGAUCCGCUACUUUGACCUGCGUGUGUCCUCCAAGCCAGGGGAUACCGACCAGGAGAUCUACUUCAUCCACGGACUUUUUGGUAUCAAGGUCUGGGAUGGGCUGAUGGAGAUUGACUCGUUUCUUACACAGCACCCCCGAGAGAUUGUCUUCCUGGAUUUCAACCACUUCUAUGCCAUGGAUGAGGCCCAUCACAAACAUCUGGUUCACCGGAUACAGGAAGUCUUUGGAAGCAAGCUGUGCUUGGCCUGCAAUGUGGAGAGUCUGACCCUGCAGAUCCUGUGGGAGAAGAGGUUCCAGGUUCUAAUUUUCUAUCACUGCCCCUUCUACAAGCAAUACCCCUUCUUGUGGCCUGGAAAGAAGAUCCCGGCGCCCUGGGCAAAUACCACCAGUGUGCGCAAGCUGAUCCUCUUCUUGGAGACCACUCUGAGUGAGCGUGCCCCACGUGGCGCCUUCCACGUCUCUCAGGCGAUUCUCACCCCCAGAGCAAAGACCAUCGCCCGGGGCCUGGUCGGUGGCCUCAAGAACACACUGGUUCACAGGAACCUUCCUGUCAUCCUGGACUGGGUAAAAACUAAGAAGCCUGGAACCAUGGGUGUCAACAUCAUCACGUCUGACUUCGUGGACCUGGUGGACUUUGCCACAACAGUCAUUGAAUUGAAUGACCUCCUACAGGAGGAUAGAGCUUUGGCCAAAUGCUGAUUCAAUUUUUAUUUAUUUUAAUAUUGAAUCUUUUGAUCCAGGCUGGAGUUCUGAAGGGUUUUCUGUUAGGAUGGCUCCUGGGCAGUGUUGGUGAAGUGAAUAGAAGGAGAAGGAGGGUGUUUUUUCUUUUUCCCCUCCUCACAGGGCCAUUCGGAUGAAAUCCAAGAUCUUUUCAUUGCAUUUUUCCCCAUGAGACUUUUGAAAAACUUAAGUCCAAGGGAAAAAAGCAUGUUUUAUAAGAUCGAGGCUAAGAUCUCCUCAAUGGUUUAUGAGGUUGAAUGGAAUAUGGAAAUGGAGUCUCCAAGAUACAUUAGGGUAUUGUGUGUCCUCCUACUAGGCCUAGUUCCCUAUUGUCUUCCAGGAUGUGGUGUUUGAGUUAGUGAGAAAACUGAACCAGAAAAAACAUUCCUGGUCAAAAGAAUGAGUCAUUGCAGGUAGGUGUACACUGCCCUGUGCGGUGGCUUAAUAUUAAGCUUGGGCUUUGAGGGGAGAAAGGGCCAAGCACCAGUUCUCUCUAGACAUGUUGAAUGUCACCACUUCAUCCCUGAGAGAGUAAGACAUUUAUCACCAAAGUAUUUCAGCUGCAAGCUGUUCUUGCAUAGCUUAUACUUGAUAAUCGGUCAACUUUAUUCUUCAGAUAAACAGUGCAGACUGCCCUUGGUGUUAGAAAUGUGUUUCCCAGUUUGAAAGCAUUGAUUCCUUCUCUUUCUUUUGGCCUCUUCUUAAAAGUGAAAAGUACAAAGACCAGAGAUCUUUUCAUUGUGGGGCCCAACAAUAGACAGACAUGCAUGUUUGUUGCACGCCAGAUUUUUUUAAAUUUAAUUCUGUAGCUUUUUCCAAAAUGGCUGCCAGGUAAGCACCUGCAUCAUUUGGUCAAAAUCCUCUUUGGAGUAGGAUCUUCAAGCCAGAUCUUGGAAUUGCAUUUCUUUGUUUUCUGCCUUGGACUCAGGUCUAUGCCAUGGGACACAACGCUAAUGGAAGGUAGCUUCUCUGUGGCACCGUGCUGGCAAACACAAGGAUGCAUGGAAAGUGCAAUGGAUUUAAGGAGGACACGCCAGUGGGUUUGGAGCCAUUCCGUAACUCCUUGAAAACAAGACUACCUCGGGAGACAUUUAGGAUGACUUGGGUGUCGUCGAGUGAGAAAUACCCAGUGUUGGAACGUUUCCAGUUCGUGUCUUCCUUGUUCUGAGCCUAGUAAUCACCACUGCAUGAGGGCUUUGAAACUCACAAGGGGAUUUUUUUUUUUUUAAAUUGAUGAGAGGUGCUUAUCCACGAAAAGCCCUCUUGUGUUUUAUUGUAUUUAUUUAUUUACUUAUUUAUUUGUAGAUUAAGUAUCUUCAGUGCUUCUUACCUCAUGAGCACUCACCAAGGAGCUUCCUGAACUUUCUCACCCUGGCCCAAUGCUGCCAUGGUCUUCCUCCUUAGCAGGACCACGCAUCUCAGGACUGUGAGUGGCCUGCGACUCUGCUGUCCAUGUCCUGGCUCCUCAGUACAUGAAGGCAGGCGGGGCUCAUGUUUGGGUGUGGUCCAGAUCUGAGAAGCCACUCCCAAGCCACGCACUGGGGCAGAUGAUGAAAAGGGUAGUGAAGAACUCUCAGUUCUUGAUGAAGACCUUCCAGAAGAGGGUUGAAAAGAAAGCAGCUAGGAAGAAAACUGAGCAUGGGAAUGUGUGUACGUCGAUGCUCCUAAGAACUGGCGGAGAAUCUCUGAGGAAUUGUUAGCUUCCGGGUUCUACAGGAGAAAAGAUAAGCAUGCAAUCCUGGGUGGCUGUGUGCAUGUGUACAGAUCCUUGGCCCACCUCCCAGUAGUUUCCCAUUCCUACUUUUCGAUGCUCAUGGCUGGAUUUGCAUGCUGCCUGCAGUGGGGGGUAUCCUAGAGUUGCUACUAAAAGCACAUGCACACCCCCAAUUCUUGGUCUUCCAACCUUUACUCCCUGUAAAGGAAUUUAAGCCCUGACCUUUAGCUUCCACAGCUCGAGGAGGUCAUAACACAAAUGCCUCUGGGCAUUAACUUUCCUUACAUUUGAGCUCCUCUCCAAGGAGGUUUCUGAGAUUUUAUUGUCAAAUUCUUUAGGGCCUCCUAUGGAAAGGAGUAAGGAAGUGGGUGCCCUCACUUUCUCAAUUUCCCUUCAGUUCUGAUAUUAAACUCCAGUGAUGAGCUCUGAAAUCCCUGGCCCACCCUCAGGGUUUUAUUUGUUGUUAUUGUUUCAUUUGCGUCUUGUUUUUAAUUCAUGAUCAAUUGCUAGGGACUAGAUCAGUUUCCCUCUUCAACCCUUUGUUACUUGGCAAAGAGAUAAGGAGGCAAGAGGAGAAUUAUUCUUCUCUGUUUUAUUUGAGCCUCAGCUUUGUCCAGGUGCUUGGUGCUAUGAGGCCAGGUGUGUGACAGGUGUCCACACAGGACACCAGUGACACCCAAGGGCUGCUGACUGUUCAGUGAAAUGUUUACUUGAUUUUUUUCCUUUAGUUUUAAAAUAUGUAGUUGCACUUGGGCUGUACCGUUUAACUGCACCACAGUGUUUGCAUGCUAAGAGAAAAGCCAUCGAGCAUGACAAAGAGCACAGCCAGCGGUACCAAGGGCGUGUGCACGGAGUCCCGCUAUGCAUGGCGAGUGUGGGGGCUCGCUCCUUCAUGCUGCUGUGGGUAGCAGCCUGACUUGCAUUUUGCAAUCCUGUGCAGGAGUUCUGGGAGAUAGGAGGAGGAUUAUUUACAGUUCACCCUUGAUAAGCACCCUUGAAUUAGCAUGAUAUCUGCCCCAAGAAGGGAUGUGUGCAUUCUGCUCCUUGACAGAAGGCCAAGCAGGAGAUUCCCGUGAUGGACAGACAGAAAACUGCCACCAAUAAAAAUGGUGACCCGACCAUAUCACUUAUUCUCUUAAGCUCUGGAGACCUUUCUGAUCAGAUAAGUUUAUCUUAUUUACUAGUACCCAGAAUUAACUUCAAGGUCAGCUAAAAAAACUACUUGAUUGAUCCAAAAGAGGGUGUUAGGAUACAGGGCCAUGGUUAUCCUGAAAGGUAGACUGAAUUUUUUAUGAGCUUCCUGGACCAUUUGCCACGUGGCCAAGGGGACCGUUACAGGUUUCAGUUAGGUUAGAAUAGAGUUCAGAGGCUUGAACUUGGAGCCUAUUAGAGGUGCCACGGUGGUUUCAUGGGUACAGAAAAUAUUCUCAGGUUUGUAGAGAGAAGUCAAGAUAGAGCGGGUAAAAUGAUAAAUGGUAGAGAAUUAAAAUUGUAAAUUAAUGGCAGAUUGUAAAGGGUCAUGCCAAAAAAUAUUAUCUACCUGCUUUAUCAGACUCUCUAAUAAUUAAAUUUAGUUACUUUCCUUAGUGCUGAGCCCAGACCCCUGUAUUCUUGAGAAUCAACAAGUUACAGUUUGAAGCAGAAUUUUCUAUAAACUCAAAAGAAAAGCACAAGGUCCCAGUAAUGAUCGAUCUUCAGAAUCCUAGUUUUUUUUUCAUCUCCUCAUCUUCACAGUUUGUGUUUCUGUUCAAGAAGACCACAUGGUGGAACACUCCAGAGUUAAAUGCAGUUUUGUGGUGAAACAGCAUUUCCUAUUUCUGUUUUUCUGAAUCUUAACAUAAGAGAGUGCUCCCCAUCGAGACAUUGUGGCAACCCAACUCGAAGGCUUAAUACCAAGCUAAAGGUGGAGAAGAAGGGAUGAAGACUGCAAUGAAGCCACCUGUUUUCCUGGGAAGCAAAAGGGCUGCACAAAUCCAGACCAUCUGAUAGAGUUCGUUUAUGUCACAGUUGAAGUUUUGUCGCGUUCUUCAUUGGCUGACGGCAGAUGUUCACUGUUAGGUUCUGGGAAACAGAACGGGCUAAUGAAUGGGGCACAGGCAUGCGGCCCCCUCCACAGCCUGAGCAAGGAAGUGAUCCUGUGCUAAAUCUGCCCUGUUCUUUCCUCUGGAAUAACAAUGCCAUCUGCUUACUUUAGUGCUGUUUUUGCAAAUCUUGGUCAAGCAACUCCCCAAAACAUCAGGUCUAAUGAUGGGGUUAAAUGCUAUAUAUUGAGCAGGUGUACAGUUGUGAUUCUUUGUGUGCAUAUAUGGAGAAAUGCUACUGGGGUUCAUUCCUCAAAGGCGCCACUGUUAGAUGGAAAUUGUCUGACAGCAGUGCCUGUAAGGUUGUGAGCAGUGAGAUGAGCUGGGCGGAUGUGAAUGUGAACACCUGAGGGUUGGGCUUUCCCCAGUGCACACCAAGUAGUCACGGCAUGCCAGGAGGAGAUUAAUAGAAAUAGUAACACAAACUCCACAGUGACAAGAAAGAAGUUUGGUUUGUAUGGCUUAGAACAUGGCUGUCCCUCCAAAUUCCACUGACUUUCCAGUACGUCUUGGCCCUCUGCCUCAGACUCUUUCCUGCUGUCUGCCUCCAUGGCUUUGUCACUCACACACCUUGUCUUGGGACACACAGGAGUGAAUUGGUUGGGUGAUAAGUGAUUUAACUGGAAACUUUACCCUUAAUUCCAAUCGAUACUAAAAAGCUCUUUACUGCCCCAAGAUCCCCCAAUUUCUUGCUAGAAAUAAUGAUGCUAAGGUCAUUCUGUCACUGGCUUGGCCCUAACCCAGAGAACGCAGCACACGAUGCCAUGGUGUUGAACUAGCACAUUCUUAGACACUGGAAGCACUCUGAGAUAACCCUUUCUGUCCUGCAGUGGAUAUAGUGAGUGUCCAGCCUUUUCUCCAACAAAACUUAUUCUUAGAGUUUUUCAAAUUCAUUUUAAGCCACAUCAUUUGGAUGAAAUGCUUUUCUUUUUAUUGGGAAUUCAAUCCCAUGGUCUAUUAAGACAGCUCCAUCAAUGGUCUAGAGCCAUUUUCUAUCUCCUUCAAAGAAUACCACUUUCUCCUCUUGUUUCCUGGCCAUCCUCUGUCAUCCGCUGAUUACUGUGAAUCACAGGAUGCUGGCAAAACUUACAGUAAAAGGCACAUACACUCAGUGACGUCCAAACUCACUCUUAUCACAGUGGUUUUAGCUCCUUCUUCUUCUCAGAUGCAUUAUCCAGCUCCCCUCCCUGCUCCCAACUGAUUACUAGAACUGUCCCUGAUUGGACCCCAGAACUUGGGGCCAGUACUUCAUUCAGAUAUCAGGGGCUAGCCCCCAAGCUAUGAGCCCAACGAGAAGCACAGUACUUUGAAAAGUCAAAUAGGCCUUUGGUAGCUUUGAACAUUUGCAGUUUUACAUUGGUUUAGUUUAUAACACUAAUGACACUUUAGUCAUAAACCUCUAAUACCAAUAUGAUAAAUCUUAGUAGAUUGUCUAGAGGCAGUGGUACCUUGCUGCUAUUAUACUUACUAAUUUUUACACCAAUUCAUUAUUAUAUAGAUUGUGUGUGCAUUAUUGUAUUGUGUAUGCAUAUAUAUAGUAUAUAUGCCUACUGUAAUACUUAACCUAACUGAUCAGCAUUUUAAAAAUACAGUAGCCCCUCCCCCCUUACCCACAGAGGAUAUGUUCUAAGAUCCCCAGUGGAUACCUGAAACCAUAGAUAGUAAUGAACUAUAUAUGCUGAGUUUUUUCCUACACAUACAUACAUUUUGACUUAAAGGAAGCAUUUUAUAGCUUCUCUUUGGCGUAUCAGAAUUGCCAGCAUGUCUACUCUUACACUUUGGGGGCCAUUAUUAAGUAAAAUAAGGGUUACUUGAACACAAAUACUGCGACAGUCAAUCUGAUAACUUAGGCUACUAAGGGGCUGAUAGGUGGUAGCGUGGACAGUAUGGAGACACUGGACAAAGGGAUGAAUCAUAUCCUGGGCAGGAUGGAGCAGGUUGGCCUGAGUUUUCAUCACGCUACUUAGAACUGUGCAAUUUAAGACUUAGGAAGUGUUUAUAUCUGGGAUUUUACAUUUAAUUUAUUUGGACUGCUGCUGAUCAUGAGUAACUAAAACCAUGGAAAGCAAAACCUCAGAUAAGGUUGGACUACUGUACAGAUAUUGUCAAAUUGAAAAUAAGUUUGGUCAAUUCAGAUAAUACAUGAAUCUGAAAAUGUUUUAUUAGAUAUUAUAUUUUGUCCUCUGUGCUUGUUUUAUAUUACAGUGCAUGCCAUUAGCUAAAUUAUGCAAAAUAAUAAUUGUAAAUUAUACCAAUUUUAAGGUUAGAAUUAAAAUUUUACAUAUAUGCUGCUUGAUACUAGGAAAUGUAUUUUGUGGCAUAAUUAUCUUAUUCAUACACAUUUCACAUGGCUUUUCUUCCCUAAGAAAUAAUUGUUUAAAUAUCUCCUUCUCCUGUCUUGUAAACUGAAUUAUAACUGCUUAAUUCAAACUAAAAUAUUGUAAAGCCAGAUUACCUCAUUUUAACUGUGAAAAAGUUCAAUCAAUAUGCUGAUAUGAUGUCUUUCCUUUGUAUUUAACUUGAACUACCUAAAUAAGCUUGAACCUAAUAAUAAAUAUAAAACUGGAGCAGGCA